ACGCCCGCCCCUCCCUCCCCGUCGAGAUCGUUCUCCCGUGCUCCGGCCCCGUCCACACUCGCCAGCUCCAGAUCUCCAAACCCUGACCCCCCCGCAUGCCAUCGCGCUAGCCCCCCAUGGCGCCGCGUCUCCUGCUCCUCGCGCUCGUCGCGGCGGCCGUGGCCGUGCUGCCGGCGAGCGCCGCGGUGGCGAGCAUCGACCUGGGCUCCGAGUGGCUCAAGGUGGCCGCCGUGCACCUCGCGCCGGGCCGCGCGCCGAUCGCCGUCGCCAUCAACGAGAUGUCCAAGCGCAAGUCCCCGGCGCUCGCCGCGCUCGCCGACGGCAACCGCCUCGCCGGCGAGGAGGCGGCCGGCAUCACCGCGCGCCACCCGGCCAAGGUCUUCUCCCGCAUGCGCGACCUCCUCGCCAAGCCCUUCCCCUACGUGCGGGCCCUCGCGGACUCGCUCUUCCUCCCCUACGACCUCGUCCAGGACGCGCGCGGCGCCGCCGCCGUGCGCGCCGACGACGGUCAGGUCUACACCGUCGAGGAGAUCGUCGCCAUGGUGCUCCACUACGCCUCCGGGAUCGCCGACGCCCACGUCGGCCUGCCCGUGCGGGACGCCGUCGUCGCCGUGCCGCCCUACUUCGGCCAGGCCGAGCGCCGGGCCCUCACGCAGGCCGCCCAGCUCGCCGGCUUCAACGUCCUCGCGCUCGUCAACGAGCACGCCGGCGCCGCGCUGCAGUACGGGAUCGACAAGGACUUCUCCAACGAGUCGCGCCAUGUCAUCUUUUACGACAUGGGCUCAGGCAGCACCUACGCCGCGCUCGUCUACUACUCGUCCUACAGCGCCAAGGAGUUCGGGAAGACGGUGUCUGUCAACCAGUUCCAGGUUAAGGAUGUCAGAUGGAACUCCAAACUUGGAGGCCUUGAAAUGGAAAUGCGUCUGGUAAACUAUUUUGCCGAUCAAUUUAACAAGCAGCUUGGCAAUGGGGAUGACAUCCGUCAGUCUCCUAAAGCAAUGGCUAAGUUGAAGAAGCAGGUCAAGCGCACCAAAGAAAUUCUGAGCGCAAAUACUGCUGCUCCGAUCUCAGUUGAAUCUCUAUAUAAUGACAUCGAUUUCAGGAGCACCAUAACACGUGAAAAAUUCGAAGAGCUUUGUGCAGAUUUAUGGGAGCAGGCUCUGACUCCAAUCAAAGAUGUGCUCACGCAUUCAGGCAUGAAAAUUGGUGACAUAUAUGCUGUAGAGCUGAUUGGAGGAGCUACCAGGGUACCAAAACUGCAGGCUAAGCUGCAGGAAUUCCUGGGACGGAGUGAGCUAGAUAAGCACCUUGAUGCUGAUGAAGCAAUUGUUCUUGGUGCCUCACUGCAUGCUGCUAAUCUAAGUGAUGGGAUUAAGUUGAACCGCAAGUUGGGGAUGAUUGACGGUUCUACUUAUGGUUUCGUGUUUGAAAUAGAUGGCCCAGAUUAUGUCAAAGAUGAAAGUACUGAUCAAGUACUGGUUCCAAGGAUGAAAAAGAUGCCAAUAAAGUUGUUCAGGUCCAUUAGACAUACUAAGGACUUUGAUGUCUCUCUCAGCUAUGACAAAGCUUCUGAAUUGCCCCCAGGUGUUUCGUCGCACAAGUUUGCAGAGUAUGCCAUAUCAGGCCUGGCUGAAACCAGUGAAAAGUAUGGAAGCCGCAAUUUAUCUGCACCCAUCAAAGCAAAUCUACACUUUUCUUUGAGUAGAAGUGGAAUUAUUUCUCUUGAUAGGGCAGAAGCAGUGAUUGAGAUAACUGAAUGGGUUGAAGUUCCAAAGAAGAACGUAACACUAGAGACUAAUACCACCGAUGAGACUUUGUCUGCUGAAUCAGGAACAACUGAUAGUACAACAGAUAGUAAGGAGAAUUCUAGUUCAGGAAGUGAUGCUGAUAAUACGAGCACUACCAAUGAUGAGACCAAUGUGCAAGAUACUAUUACAGAGAAGGUGCUGAAGAAAAGAACCUUCAGGGUUCCAUUAAAGGUCACUGAAAAAACAGCUGGUCCUGCAUCAACCCUUUCGAAGGAACUGUAUUCUGAGGCAAAAAGUAGGUUAGAUGUACUUAAUAAGAAGGAUGCUGAGCGGAGGAGAACUGCUGAACUGAAAAAUAACCUUGAGUCUUACAUAUACUCUAUGAAGGAAAAGUUGGAGGAAAGCACAGAUAUGUUGGCCGUCUCAACUGAACAGGAGAGGGAAUCUUUUACAGAGAAACUCAGUGAGGUGCAGGAUUGGCUGUAUAUGGAUGGUGAAGAGGCUCAAGCAAACGAAUUUCAAGAGCGGCUUGAUCAGCUUAAGGCCAUGGGCGACCCAAUUCUUUUCAGAAUGAGUGAGUUAAAAGCCCGACCAGCAGCUUGCGGAAGUGCUCGAUUGUAUCUUACUGAGCUACAAAAGAUUGUGAAGAACUGGGAGACAAGCAAACCAUGGCUUCCAAAAAAGAGAGUAGAUGAGGUCGUAAGUGAAGCAGAUAAGCUGAAAGCUUGGUUGGAGGAGAAGGAAACCCUACAGAAGAGUACCCCUGCCCACAGCUCGCCUGCCUUCACAUCUGAAGAGGUCUAUCAGAAAGUUUUAGCCCUACAAAAUAAGGUCUCUAGCGUCAAUAGGAUCCCAAAGCCAAAACCCAAGGUUGAGAAGAAACCCGCCGUAAAGGAAGAAGCUAACAAGGAGAAGACGGACUCUUCAGAAUCUGCAUCCAGCGAGUCUGAAUCCACGGAGAAGCCGUCAGAAUCGGAUGCCCCUGAGAAGAAUAACGAUUCGGAACCAGAAUCCCAUGACGAGUUGUGAUUAUUAGAAUCGGCUUUUGAACACCCCUGAGAGAUACUACUCAAUAUACUCCGAGAAGACAGUUUGUCACCACCACAGUUUUGUUAUGGCGGCCGAAAAGACAGGUUUGUGUAGGAAUUCACGGCAGGCUAGAUGCUAUAUGGGCGAGAAGAAUUUGAUGUCAAUCGCUGUAUAGCAGUAUUGUGGUCUCUAGGGCAUAUGCUGUCAAGAUAGCGCCUCAGAAAGGCUUAGUUGUCAGGACUGAGAUGACUUUGUAGCUGCAUUGUUGUACUGAAACUCAUUUAUGUUUUGAUAACAGCUACUAUAGAGAUUUUAUGUCUGGUAGGGGUAUCGGUGUAUCUGUUUGCUCUUUCA